AUGGGCAUUUCCGGUACAGAGGUAGCAAAGGAGGCAUCUGACAUGGUGUUAGCAGAUGAUAAUUUCAGCACUAUUGUUGCAGCUGUUGGUGAAGGCAGGUCCAUCUAUAACAAGAUGAAGGCUUUCAUUAGCAACGGUGGGAGUAUUCAUCAUAUGGUACACACACAACAGCUUCAUGGGCAUAUACUUGAGCCAAGACGGUCACAGCCUGGUGAGCUACUCACAGCUGGCUCACUGGGGCCAAUGCUCUUCAUGGGAAGGCUUCAAAGUCUCCUUUCACAGCAGCAGGGGAAAAUCAAAGCAUCCACACUCUCCCUCUCGGUGUUGGUGGCCAUUGAAAUGUUCAAUUCCCUGAACGUACUCUCAGAAGACGGCAGCCUGGUGACAAUGCCACCGUGGGUGAACCCGUGGUUGCUCCUGGCAAUGGCGGUCUCAUUUGGGCUCCACUUUGUGAUACUGUACGUUCCAUUCUUGGCACAGGUGUUUGGGAUAGUGCCGCUGAGCUUGAACGAGUGGCUGCUUGUUUUGGCAGUGUCGCUUCCGGUGAUUUUGAUAGAUGAAGUUCUCAAGUUUGAAGGAAGGUUCACCAGUGGCUACCGCUACUCACCUCGCAUUCCCUCCGCUAAGCAAAAGGCGGAGUAA